CUGAAUCUGGAGGUUCUAAUAGGAUUCCAAGAGCCUUUCAAUUUCCCUGUGUCAGCAGAGUGCUUGGAGGGUCAUAGUACUGCUAAUGAAGGACCUUGAGGUCUCAGGGAGGAGGAGGUUACAGAGGAAUGCCAAGCACCUUUUCCCAUGUAUAUGUUCUUGCACACACAUGCAUGGGUUUGUAAUUUGAAACUCUCUUUACUUCUGGACAGGCUUUGCAAACUGCUUAGACCACAUUCUCUGAGGUGUUUAAAGAGGGUGGAGUAUGCAGUAUUUAUUUAGGUACUCUACAAACCUUAAUAAGAAUUGAGUGCUUGUAGCAAUUGCAGAGAGCAAACAGAGAGCCAGCUGGCAGAAACUGAACAGUGCCACUGCAUUUUUAUUGCUUCUAAUCCCAAAAACCAGAUUAUUACUAAAAAAAAAAAAUGUCUUUUUUAAUUUCAUUUCUCUCUGAUCCUGCAUUAGUUUGUCUGCUGUGUGCAGCACUAUUAUUAGCUGUAGCCUAUUUUUCAACUGGCUAUAAAAAUUCAGCUUUUAAAUUACCUCCUGGUCCAACUCCUCUUCCGAUCAUUGGUAACCUGCACUUGGUGGAUCUUAGAAGGCAAGAUAAAUCACUAAUGAAGCUUGCAGAAAAAUACGGCCCCAUCUUCACCCUGCACUUUGGCUUCCAGAAAGUUGUGGUCCUGACCGGGUACGAAGUUGUGCGAGAGGCGCUUGUGAACUACACAGAGGAGUUUGUAGACAGACCAUCCAUCCCAAUAUUUGACCAAAUUCAGAACAGAAAUGGUCUGUUCUUCUCCAUCGGGGAGCUGUGGAGGACAACGCGCAGAUUCACCGUGUCCAGCAUGCGCAACCUCGGCAUGGGCAAACAGAUGAUAGAAGGCAGAAUCUUUGAGGAGCUCCACUUCCUCAUCGAGAUGAUCAAAUCCUUCAAAGGGGAACCUUUCAGCCUGCCCUCCUUCAACUGCGCUCCCAUCAACGUCACCUUCGUCAUGCUCUUUGGGGACAGGUUUGACUACAAGGACCCAACAUUUCUCACUCUCUUAAGACUCAUAGAUGAAAUUAUGAUUCUUCUGGGAUCCCCAGAUUUAAACUAUUUCAAUUUCUACCCGUUCCUUGGAUUUCUUUUCAAAACCCACAAGAUUAUGCUCAAGAAAAUCGAAGAUGUGCGUGCCAUUUUAAGGCAAUACAUGAAGGCCAGCAGGGAGGAUAUCAAUGAGAACAGUGUGAGGAGCUACAUCGAUGCCCUGAUAUUCAAGCAACAAGAGGAGAAGAACAAGAAAGACAGCCUCUUCCAUGAUGACAACUUAAUGGCAUCCAUACUUGACCUGGUCAUGGCUGGGACAGAGACCAUUGCCACCACACUCCAGUGGUCCAUCCUGCUCAUGAUGAAAUACCCAGAGAUUCAAAAAAAGGUCCAGGAGGAGAUUGGGAGAACAGUCAAAGCUGGGAGCUGGGCCACGUACGAGGACAGGAGGAACAUGCCCUACACCAACGCGGUGCUGCACGAGGUGCAGAGGUUCAUCACCCUCCUGCCACACGUGCCCCGCUGCACUGCUGUUGACACCCACUUCAGGGGCUACUUCCUUCCCAAGGGUAUAAUUGUAAUCCCAUCCCUUACCUCAGUGCUGCUGGAUAAGACACAAUGGGAGACACCACAUCAGUUCAACCCCAACCACUUUCUUGAUGCUGAAGGGAAUUUUGUAAAGAAAGGAGCUUUCCUGCCUUUCUCCACAGGGCGACGAAACUGCAUCGGGGAAAGCCUGGCCAAGAUGGAGCUGUUUGUCUUCUUUGUAGGGCUGCUCCAAACAUUCACUUUCCGACCCCAGCCGGGAGUUUCAGAGGCUGACUUGGACCUCACCGUCCCCCAAACGACUUUCACACUGAGGCCUCAGCCUCAGGCGACCUGUGCUGUCCUGAGGGAAUAA